CUUCUUGCUUGCGGCGCGUACGCGCACGUUUCUUUUGCGAGGUAGGCCUGAACAGCGCGGGACGACGCGCGGUAUAACUGUUUAGACUGCUCGCCAUUUUCUUUUCUUAGUAUAAAUUUUUUGCAUGCUGUAGUCAGUAUGGCUUUUAAAAAAAGUCCCGCCCAAGCUCAGAAGUCUGGCCUGAAAAGUGCAGCCGAGGCUGGAAAGAAGGCACCUCCCUCGAAGAAACCGCAGGCAGCGAAAGCAGAUGACGACGACGACUUGGAUGAAGAAGAUGACGAUUUUUCUAUGGACGAAGACUCUGAUCUCAGCGGAGCUGAUGAAGACUUAGAUGAUGAGGAGCUUGACGAUGAGGAGCUUGACGAUGAGGAACUUGACGAUGAAGAACUGGAUGAAGAACUUGAUGAGGAAUCUGAAGAUGAGGAUGUGCCAGCCCUGAAGGCCACAAAGCAAGCAUCUGCGGCAUCAAAGGCACAAGGACAGCAGCAGAAAAGCCCUGUCAAGCAGUCUCAGUCACCUAAGGAGAAAGUUCCUGUGGUGGCAGCUGUCAAUGGCAAGCGUAAGGCAGAGUGGGAAGCAGGCUCCUCUCCAGCCAAGAAGAUUCGAUUGGAAGACCAUAUUCCAGCAUCCUUUGUUGUUGAUUAUGAGGCCCGAGAUCUGUGUGAUGUCAAGCUGGCUUCUUUUCCUGAUGGCGUCACAAAUGAUGAUGUCAAGAAGCUCUGUAAGGACGGUACUGUAGUGCGAGAAAUCGUACAAAACAAAAAACUUGCGUGUGCUUUUGUGCGGUAUCCCAACAAGGAAAAGGCUGUGGCAGCUGUGCGCUCGUUGCGGGGGACCAACCUAAAAGGGGUUCCCAUCAAGGUUUCAUAUUGUGGUGAGCGAUGGACCAAUCCAGCAUCGUGCCCUCAGUUCCAGCCGGACACUUUGGAUGUGCGGCGAGUACCUAAAGAGUACCAAGACAAGCAAAAACUUGCUGCACUAUUCCCCACAGGCGAAGUGCUCAAGGUACAGCGAGAUGGCUAUGCCCAGGUGAAGUUCCCAUCCAGUGAAGCUCUGAUAAAAGCACUCAAGAAUCCGAAGUGCCGGACAAUUGAUGGCAAAAAUCUGGAGUUUUCCGUGGCACUUGUCCCCAAGCGCAAACAUACCAAGGCUGCAGGCUUCAAGGCAAAUCAAAAUGCUGUCUUAAGCCCCCAAAACAAGAAGGCUAGAAAUGCAGCCAAGCAGGAAGCAGAAGCAGCCAAGACCCCCACAAAAGGCCAGACUCCCAGCAAACAGCCUAGUAGCCCUACUCUGAAGGGCUCACCUCACACUCCUACCCCACAGAAGAAGCAGAGGCGGAAGAGAUCGAAGACGCCUGGGCAGCAAGCGGGACCCAAAACACCCGGGCAGCAAGCGGGACCCAAAACACCCGGGCAGCAAGCGGGACCCAAAACACCCGGGCAGCAAACGGGACCCAAAACACCCGGGCAGCAAGCGGGACCCAAGACGCCCGGCCAGCAAGGGGGACCCAAGACGCCCGGCCAGCAAGGGGGACCCAAGACGCCCGGCCAGCAAGGGGGACCCAAGACGCCCGGCGGCCAGCAAGGGGGACCCAAGACGCCCAAGCAGCAAGGGGGACCCAAGACGCCCGGCCAGCAAGGGGGACCCAAGACGCCCGGCCAGCAAGGGGGAUCCAAGACGCCCAAGCAGCAAGGGGGACCCAAGACGCCCGCACAGCAAGGGCCGCCCAAGACACCAGCGGGACCCAAGACGCCUGGGCAGAGGGGGUCGAAGACACCAGGCCAGGCAAAAGGAGGUGCCAAGACACCCAAAGGAACACCUAACCAUAAGACACCAGGAAUGAAAGGAACUCCAGCCAUGGCUUGAGAAGCAUCACAAGUUUUUUUAACAGCUGUGAAUAGAGGGACUGAAGAAAGGGCAGGGUUGGGAGGACAUCUUCUUGCAACAUGACAGUGCAGUAUGGUUCACUCAAAGGAAACACCAAAUAAAUAUUGCAGUGCUAAUUAUCGCUCUGUUUUGGUAUGAAUGUCUGAAAAGUAAUUUUUCAUCAAUACAUGUAUACCUAAUGCAUCACAUCUGGCACUUUAUCCCUAUUAAUGUAAAGAAGUGUUGAUGUUGGCUUAAAUACUGUUUAGGUGUUGCCUUCAUGAGUGGACCAUACAGAACAUUGCCAUAGUCACUUGGCAUUAUUAAUACAGUCUACCAUAAUUCCAUCAUGUUAGUGUCGAAUAAAGUGUAUGACCAUUCAA